AUGGGUUCAGUGGUGCAGCCACUGUCGGUGGAGCCGCUGUCCGCUGCGUUCGCGCAGCAUGCGCAGCCGACCGUGGGGACUUUAUGCGCGCCGGGGUCGACCGGGGGGAGGCCGGCCUCGCCGUCCCACCAGGCCGUGACACCCAGGUCGGGGCGGCUGCCCACGGGGCAGCAGGCCACGACGGCUUUGGCCUCGACCCCCGCGCCGGGAUCCUCGCCACAGUCGGCCACGGCGUCCCCGCUUCAGGCCGUUGGUGCGGCCGCUCCGUCGGUGCAGCAGGGCGUCGCGGAAUCUUCUUCGCCGGGGCAGCCUGCCUCGGAGGGCGGCACGCAGGAGGGCCGAAUGGUCACGCAGGCCGUGCCUUCUCCGCCUCUACCAGGUCCGAGUGGCGAGGCGGUGGAGGAGCAGCAGACUCCGGGGACCGAGCCGCCUAUGGCGGUUAAGUCUUCCGAGCCAGCGACUCCGACGGCUUCCGCGCCUACGACGGACAUGGCGGGGAUGAUACAGGGGGCUUCUUCACCCACUAGCCCUGUAUCGUCGGCUUCUUCUUCACCAGCUGGUUCUCCGCCUCGCUCGCCCACUUCUUCGCCAGCCUCCUUGCAGCAACCUUCACCCACGGUUCCUCCUCCGGUCGUUCAGCCGACGGUGAGGAGGAGUGGGAGGUUUGCUCUUUCGGAGGAUGGGGCGGGGGCGACGGACGAGGACGUCAUGCAGCGAGCCAUGCGACGCAAGGCGGAGAUGAACCUUGACACGAUACUCGUAUUUCUUCUAAUUUGA